AACAUAAAAAAACAUAUGAAAAAUAUUGAGAGCGCGCGACGAUUUGUAAAAUAAUUUUAAAAACCAAAGAAAAACAUUGAGAGGGCUUAUUUUUUUCAGUUUCAUAUAAAAAAACAACUCUACUUCAGUUGUUCAAUACUAUGGAAAUCGUCUUUUGUAUAUUCAUGGAUAGAUUGGCGAAAAUAAUUGUUGAUAGCGGGCUGGCGGCUGGCGCACGUACCUAGACCGCAGCCCUGGCGACUGCGGAGCUCCGCCCCAGUUGUCCCUUGGAUCGAACGAUUGCGUAGCCUCACGCAGGGCUCCAACUCAACCUAAGCCAGUCAGUUACAGUAAUUUCAGUGUUUCAAAAGCGAAUUUGACAAAUCAAGACUUGAAGAUCAGACCAUCGAACUAGUUGUCCCGUAAAGCGAAUAUUGUCCCCAGGAUCGUAGCUAUCGCUUCAGUCCGUGUUGCAACAAAAUGGAAGAUUCAUACAUAAUCUCAAAUUUUCAUUCGCUUUGUCGACUGUGUUUGACUAAAAGCUCUCUGAUGGUGUCGAUAUUCGGCGCGUCUCCUGAUGACGAGAACAACGUCGCGAUCACUUCCAAGAUCACCACUCUAUGCGACUUGCAGUUGAAUCCCAAUGAUGGACUACCAGGAAGAAUAUGCUACAGAUGUUUGUUUCAACUAGAUAAUUGUUCCAAAUUUAAGAUGCAAUGUACACAAAAUGAAUCUAAACUUCUAGAGAUAGCCAACAGAAAUGUUGAAAUGGACAACUGUACCUCAUCUGAGAUUAUGAAUUCCAAUAACCAGUUGAACAACCAAACUAAACCCAAAUCUCAAGAUUAUGUAGUUGAGGACAGUGUAGUGAUGGUGGUGGACCCCAGUCUAGAUUAUGACACAUCAGAAGAGUCUGACAAUGCCGACCACCAUACCGGCCCAGCUGGACCUACAGAAAAGGAUAACAACAUAGAUGGAGAAGUAUUGGUUCAAGAGAACUUCAAAAAUAUAGCUAUGUGUCAAUAUUGUGAUCAAGCAUUUGCAACUCAAGAGAAAUGUACUGAACACGAACUUGGAGUCCAUGAUCCCAAUCUGCCCUUCAACUGUGUAGAAUGUAGCCUAGUGUUUGCUGAGAGGAGCCAGUACAUACAGCAUACUAGACAAGUCCAUGGUAAUGACAAGCCAUACCACUGCCCACAAUGUGAUAAAUGCUUUGGCCGUAGAUCUGACUUACGCAAACAUGCAAUAGUCCAUACUGGAAUCCGCCCAUACCAGUGUCAUUAUUGUUUUAAAACUUUUUCACGCAAUACAAAUUUAAGCAAACAUAUUCGUAUACAUACAGGAUCCAAACCCCAUGUUUGUCCAGUGUGUCCCCGCAGCUUUGUAGGUAAAGGAGAUCUGCAGCGGCAUGUGCUGGUGCAUUCUGCCAUGAAGCCAUAUGUGUGUCGUAAAUGUCCCCUAUCUUUUUGCCGACGAGACAAACUCAUUAAACAUGAAAGGAAACAUGGAAUUAAUCCCAACCCACAAUCAAGGCAAGGGGCUGAGUCAACAGAGAAUAACAGUGACCAUAAUGAUAUAGUCAUUAACAUAAACCCAUUCAGCAAUCUAAUGACCUUACCACAUAAUUCCAACACUCAUGGUAAUUACGACCUACCACAAAUACCAGACCAUAUAAUGGGGCAAAGUAGCUUUAACCAAGAACAGAAUAAGAUGAAGCCUGUCAUGGGGAAAACACAGAACUCUCCUACAAAACCUUCCCCUAAGAACCGGCCUAAGAACAUUAAAUGCCAUCAGUGUGCAAAAAGAUUUGCAUCAUUGGAUGCAUACAAGAAACAUGUGUCUGCUGCUCACAUUGUUUCCAGAUUGUUUCAAUGCAAAGUUUGUUUCAAGAAGUUUGUGAGGAAACAUGAGUUAGACUGUCACUCAGCCGUCCAUGCAGAAAUGAAGUCAUUUUCUUGUGAUAAGUGUGAACAGACAUUCAUGAGUAGAGAUCAACUAGUGGAGCAUGAAGCUGGCCACGAGUGCCUGUACAUGAACAUGCCAUGCACUGAAUGCGGGGCAACAUUUGAGAAAAAAGCAGAUUUAGUUGCACAUAUCAAAUCACAUUUCAGUGAUGAAUUUCUGGACAAAAGUUCUGAAACUGAAAACAAAGAAGAUUUAAUAAUGCUACACGACAUUGUUAAUUAAGGUAUUAUAUUGUGAGUAUGGCACUGUUAUAAGCAUUGUAGCUUAUAUGUAUUAUGAAUAUGGAUUAAAUGUGUCUGUAGUUUGAAUUUAGAUUAAAUCUAUUUAUUGUUGCAAUAAGUCAAGUCAUUAGAUUAGAAUUCCCUCUGAAAGUAUUGUAUUUAGUAAUAUUAAGAUAAUACUAAUAUAACUGAGAAUUUCUCUGUCGUCCUUCGUUAUGUAGUAGACUUAAUGAUUUAAAUAUUGAUCUCAAUAAUAAUUAUAAGGUUCACAAAAUAGUAACUAAUGAAAAUGUUAUAUUUUGCAUACACUUAAAAGGUAGAUACUUAAUAAAUAAUUUGUGUUUUACUGCAUAUUUUUUUAAGAAACUCUACAUUUUGAUCUGUGAUUAGCUUUACUAAAGAUUUAAAAUAACUAAUGUGUAAAUGUACCUGUGUAAACUGCAAUAUGUGUUGUUAUUG